AUGGAGUCGCGCGCGGCGACCAUGCGCGCCCUCCAGGCCACCAUUGAGGCGACCCUGGAGUCGUUCGAGGUACGAUAUUCUGCCAAAAACGAUCAGGCUGCCAUUCCCAACCUGCGCCCGGCGCGACCUCGCGCAGGUCUAGGCAGUGCACUUCGAAUCAAGUCGGCGUCUCAGCGCAUGACAGAACUGCAAACGGACGGCAAUCCCCUUGAGGGCUGGUGGUCUUUCUUGAACCUUCAGCUCGACAGUCUCAAGGGCCCCUGCCAACAUCUUCUGCGUUUCUACAAGACAGGAAUUGAACGCAUCGAUCAAGAGCGCUACCGCGACCAAGAACUCUACGUUCAACUCUGGCUCGAAUAUGCGCGCCUGGCCAUGGCCUGCGGUGACGCUGAAGAGGCUGGCUUCACUUUCCAGCAAAUGCAGCAAGAUAGCAUUGGUCGUGGCUUCCGGCAUUUUCACACCAUUUGGGCAGAAUUUGAAGAAAGCCAAGGCCAUACGGGCCGGUCGCUCGAAAUUCUGCGCAAGGGGCGCACCGCUCGAAAACCCUCCAGCGAAAUUGUGGCCCGCGAAUCCCGAUUCAAAUGCUUGCUGGAGACCCCAACCUCCUGCAUUCGUUGCGGAGGGCGCUCCAAACGCUACAACAACGACCAAUCCACCGACCCCACACCCAUGAAGCGGCCCGCCCCUACCCGGCAAGCCACUCGCCGCCAAGCAGCCAGCCGUGCUGCUGCAUUUGGUCCACCCCAGCGGGUCCCGCUCAGCACCUCCAUUGUGGAGGAGGAAGACGACGACGAGGAUAAAGCCAACGCCAAAGAACAAGCUCGCCCACACAACCACAGUCGCAGCUCGAAAGAAAGCGAAGCCCUUAUGAACGAUGACCUGGGACUACCCAGCGUGGAUCCCGUGAAAGCGCGACUGGCUCAGGCCUUGAGCGCCAACACCUCGGCGGCAAACCUGUCCAGCGACAGCAAUCUACCUCACCUCACCACCUCAAGUCUCGGUAGCAAUGGCAGUCGCCUCAGCAUCUCGUCCGUAGGCAGUGCUGAUGACGCCACCAACAAUGGUUCUGGUAGUGACAACAGCUUUUCUGACAUCCAGCCCGGUCGGCAUGCGCGGGACCCAGAACGUCGCACCGGAGCCAAUCGCCCCUCGGGCUUGCAACACUGCGAUGCCCCCGUGGACAGGCCACACUCUUCCCCACGGGCCCCGCUGGAAGCACCCAUGCCCGCGCCGGCACCUCACAGCGCUGCUGCCGGCGCGCCCAAACGUCAGCAUGCUACGCUGACGGUUCGACCCGAUGUUGACGAAGACCCACUCCCACCACCGCUACCCAUGGCAUCCACUUCCAAACAAGCCACCGCUGUUUCAAGCCCGGGGAAGGGGCAGGCGCACGGGCCCACAACCGCUGCCCCUGGACCAACGGGUGACACAGUCAAGUUCUCGCUCAAGUCGCGAGUUCAUGAGGUGCAAGCUCGCGAUGAACUGCCCAUCGCCACCCCCAUGGGCGUGCCACGGCCCAAGUCUCGCCACCAAACCGCGCUUCCUGCCCCAUCCACUGUUGAAGCCGCCCCGCCCGUGGCGCGUCGCAUGGCCUCUGCCGCCGCCACGCCCUCAGCGGCGCCCGCGUCCAUGCGUCAUCAACCCGUCUCCGAUGAGUUUGUGCGCAACAUGGAAACCGUAUCGGUGGCUCAGCGCCCAUACAUUAAGUUGGAGCAACUUGGUAAAGGUGGCUCCUCGCGCGUCUAUCGCGUACUCGAUGCUGAGCACGCCAUGCUGGCGCUCAAGGAGGUCGAUUUGCGCGACGUGGACGCGGCCACCGUGGCCAGCUUCAAGAAUGAGAUUCACUUGCUCGAGCGACUGCAGGGUGAGCCCAACAUUAUCUGCCUCGUCGAUUGGGAGCACGACGAGGUGGCCAAGGUGCUGCGCAUCGUGAUGGAGUGUGGAGACGUUGACCUCGCGAGGAUGCUGCAGACGCAACGCGCUGCACGGGCCUCGAGCCGUGGCGCAGAGUUGCCCGUGAUCGACGAAAAUCACAUUCGCCUGUAUUUUCAACAAAUGCUCGAGGCCGUGGGGGCUGUGCACAGGCAACAGAUUGUGCAUAGCGAUCUUAAGCCGGCCAACUUCCUCUGCGUCAAAGGCGCACUCAAGCUGAUUGACUUUGGUAUUGCCACAGGCAUUCAGGAGGACCAUACCAGCGUGAUGCGUGAUGCGCAGAUUGGCACGGUCAACUACAUGUCCCCCGAGGCCAUUGCUGGGACCAUGGGCGAUGGCGCUUGUCUCAAGGUUGGUCCAGCCAGCGACGUCUGGUCCCUCGGGUGCAUUCUUUACCUGAUGGUCUAUGGCAAGACGCCGUUUCAGCACAUGCCAGUGCUGCAAAAGCUGCAGCGCAUUCCCGACGCCAAGCACGCGAUUGAGUUUGAGCCCCUGGCCAACCGAGACCUCUUGGCCGCGCUGCAAGCCUGUUUACAGCGCAACCCUAAGAAGCGACCAACGAUCGAACAAUUGCUGGCCCAUCCGUUUUUGCAUCCUGGCACCGCCGCUGGACCGGCGCUGCAAACGCCGCGCCGUGAUAGGAGCCACAGCCGUCUGGGUGGGGCCGUGCCCUACGCGGAGUUGGACGGUGAAUCCACAGCCACCGUGACCCAAGCGCAACUCAUGCAGCUCCUCAGCCAGGUGCGCCAGCUGGACGUGCAAUGUUCCCCUGGGCGCUUGUCGCGUCGUAUUUUCCGCCAGCUCCAGCAAGGCGUCACGAUGGAGUCACUCAAUGUGGCAGCAACCCCGGCACGGCCGCGAGCUGGACCGACAGGAGCCGCACCCCUGCGCACCCCGUUGGGCAAGCUCGAUGGAAACAGCAUGCGACCCAACACGGGCAUGAAGCGUGGCAAGGUCAAGCUUCAGACCGCCUCGCCCCUCGUUCUCGGUGCCUACACUACCACCCUGGGACAGUCGGGGCUGCGAGAGCAGACCAAAACACGACCCAUAGAGAAAGAUUACGCCUUGUGCUUGCAUCUUGAGCCAACUAAUCGAUUCACGUACCGCUACCCAAACUGUCGACCCAACUGCAGCAAUGACCCCACGAUCCUCGUGUGCUCCACCGUUCCCCAUCCCACCUUCUCUUCUUCUCGCGCCCUCGCUCUCUCGACUUUACACACCCUGGCUCUCGCUCUCUACCUCUCUCGCUCUCUCUCUCUCUCUCUAAACAACAACAACAAAAAUAACGAAAACACCAUCAUGCACACAACUCUAUAUUAA